AUGACAGAUAAAGAAGAAAAAGGAGGAGGAGGAAUAAUAGAUAUAGAUAUACCUAAUGAAUUAUUAAUAAAAGAUGAAUUAAGAAUAGAAGGAGGAGGAGGAGAAGAAGAAAGAGGAGAAGGAGGAAUAGGAAUAGGAGGAGGAAUAGGAGGAGGAGGAGGAGGAGGAGAAAAUAGUGCUAAUCUAUGGAGAGUAAUAGAUAAAAGGAUUAAUAAUAGCAGCAGCAGCAGCAGCAGCAGCAGCAGCAGCAGCAGCAGUGGUGGUGGUGGUGGUGGUGAUGGUAAGGAGGAGCAGCAACAGCAACAACAGCAACAGGAGCAGCAGCAGGAGCAGCAGCAGGAGCAGCAGCAGGAGGAGCAGCAGCAAAAAGAAGAGGAAGAGGAACAAAAGAAUUGUAUAAAGAGAGCAUUAGAGGAACAUUAUGAAUUACUGCAACCGUUGCUGCCUCCACCAUUAGGAGAGCAGCAGCAGCAAGAAGGAGAGUUGCUGCUGCAGCAGCUAAAAGAAUAUGCGCAGCAACUGCAGCAAGAAAAAGUACCAUUACGUUAUUUUUUUGUUAAUUGUUAUUGUGAAUACCUAAAAGGAGAAGAAUUAAUUAAUGAGGAAUAUAUACAAUUGCUGCGCUUCUGUACAGUAGUACAGGAAGUAUUAAGAAAAAUAGCUGAAUAUAUGUUGUUACUGGAGCAGAAACAGCGACAACAGCAGCAGCAGCAGCAGCAGCAGCAGCAGCAGCAACAGCAGCAACAGCAGCAACAACAAAUAAAAGAGGAACAACAAUUAUUAGAUUUAUUAGAUGGACAUGAACUUGCUGAUUUCUUUGAUGGUAAAUUACUUGUUGUAUUAGUUGCUCUUGCUGCUGCUGCAGCAAGACGCAGCAACAAUUGGACUAUUACUGCUGAUAGUUUGGGGCUGCAUGCAGACAGAAUAAAUGAAUUAGAGGAACAAUGGACUAUUUGCUGUAAAGGGGAUAAAAAUAAUAUUUUCCUCCCUUCUUUCUUCCCUAUUGAUCUUAAUUGUCUAAGAGAAUUCAUUGAGGAUCCUGCUGCUCUCCCUCCCCCUAGAUUACCACCAACAGCAGCAGCAGCAGCAGCAGCAGCAGGAGCAGCAGCAGGAGCAGCAGGAGGAGAGGAAGAGGAAGAAGAAAAAGGAAAUGUUAAUCUUCUUGCUCUCCCCUCUACUCUGCUGCAGAGACUAAGGGCAGGAGCAGCACCUAAUGGUUCCUUAUUAGAUGUAUCUAUUAAGGAGGAUAAGGAGGAAUUGCUGAUGGUACAUCAAGAGACACAGCAGCAAUUGUUGCUGCAGCAGCAAAUACAGCAGCAGCAAAAAGAAGAAGAAGAGGAGGAGGAGGAAGAAGAAGAAGAUGAUAGUGAUACAACUGCAGCAGGAACUUCUGCUGCUGCAGCAACAACAGAUUCAGAGGAUGAGCAUGCACUGCAUGCAGAUAAUGCAGAUUUACUCAAGAAAGUUAUGGCUAUUCGUUAUAUUGUUAAUCAAAGAAGAACAGAAGAAUUACAACCAAACUUUGAUGAUGCACCUAAUGAGAUCCUGCAAGAAACUCUUGCUAUUGAUGAAUCGCGAGUUCCUUCGCGUAGCGAACGCCAAAGGAUGGAGAGAAUGAAUGGAGAAGAAAAGAGAAAAUUCUGGGCUGCUAGAGUCCGCAGGAGAUUGCAGCAGAAUUUGCGCAACGUAACAAGAAUGGCGAAGGCAAUAUGCCCACAACCUUUACACUUUAAUAUUGUAGUAAAUCAUGCAAAUCAUCCAUGGCGUGUUAGCGAGGAGCAGCAGAAGGAAGCAGCAGCAGCAGCAGCAGCAGCAGCAGGAGCAGCAGGAGGAGCAGGAGGAACAGGAGGAGGAGAAGGAGAAGGAGGAGGAAUAAAAGGGAAACAUAAUAAUAAUAAGAAUAAUAAACAUAUUAUAGAAAAACAAGGAAAAAAAAAUAAACAACCUAUACAAAAAAAAGCAGAUAUAAUUAAACAAAUGAAUACAGCAAAAAGAGAACAAAAAACUAUUGAUAUAGAUGAAGAAAGAGCACAAAAUCUUGAAAACUUAUUAUUUGCAUUAUGUGCAUCAAAGAGUGGUACAAGCAGCAGCAGCAGCAGCAGCAGCAGCAGCAGCAGCAGGAAAGAGAUAACAAGAAUAUAUAAUGCACAAUUAACAGGACAAGAUAUUGAACAAAUACAAGAAAGUCUUUUUUCUCUUGGUUUCCCUAAAUCUGCACAAAUCUUCUAUGAUAGAUGGGUACAAGAACAGCAACAACAAUUAUUACUGCAGCAGCAACAGCAGCAACAGCAGCAACAUGGUUAUUCUAUUACUGAUGGUAAAGGGAAUAAACCCAACAGCAGCAACAAACAAAAAAAGAAUGAGGGAAAGAUCAACCCCAUCGAGGCAUUACGCAAACACAAAGUUGAGAAAGCUCAACCAUACCCCUUUGCAUUCAGACCAGGACAGGAGGCAACAGCCCAAUUACGAUUUAUGGGUAGUGACUUAGAAAGGAGCACAAGACCUCCUUCUGUUCCUGCAGAUCCUCGUGUCCUUUUCUCCCCGGAUAUGUGGCAAUCUAGACUAUUUGAUGCUGUAGAUAG